AAUUCCGAAGUGUAUCAAAUAGUGAGAGUCUCUGAACCGGGCCAGAAAAGUGUCCUCUUGUCCGGCCCGGAGCGUCUCUUCUGUUAAACCCCUUAAACCCUUGGACUCUCUUCCCUCAUUCUUCUCAACUUCCUCUACAAUGGAGUCUCUUCUAGGGUUUAUCGAACCACCAGCUGACGACGAAAUCGCUGAAACCAACUCUCAGGGAUUCAAAUUGGUUCCGUGGAUAAGCUGGGAUGAAUGGAACUCUGUUCGAGAUUCCCUUUUCUCUUCUUCUCCUCCUUCUGUUGCUUUUGCUCUUCAAAGGAUAUCGACGUGGAGGAGCAGAGGGUGCAUUCCUGUUGCAGUAGAAGUUACAGCUUCAAUUAUUGAAAUUCAGCAAAAAGAUGCUUUUUUCAGGAAGGACCUAGGUGGAAAUGCUUUGCAAUCAGAAGAAAUGCUUUCUAUGCUAUACUGCAUGGCAAUUAUGAGGCUUGUAAAUGGCGUUGUUGAGAAGACCCGCAACAAAACAGAAAUCUCUAUAGGUGAGGCAGCCAAUGAUAUUGGAAUUCCACGUAUGCUGAUUGACGUUCGCCAUGAGGGCUCUCAUCGUGAUCUUCCUUCACUGCAGUUGGUCCGUCUUGCCUCUACCAAGGCACUUGACUGGUUGAAAUCAUAUUAUUGGGAACCGCAAAGCAAAGCAAUUCGAAGGGAUCCAACAGCCAAUCUGAGGAAAGAAAUCAAACACAGAUUACUAGAGAUGGCUUCCUUAGUGGAAAUGAAGCAGACUACUAGAUCAAGUACUUCAGAAAAGCGAAUCAGGCCGGCGCAGCUUUGUGCAAGAAACAAGUUUCUCCCUGUCACCUCUGGGUUGCUACCAUGUUCUGGUAAUUUUAUUCAGCUUCAAGCCUCUAAGUCCACGGUUCAUGUCUGUGGCAGUGUUGCUGCAUCUACUUUUAUGAAGUGUGCUUUAGAACAAUUUCUCUACCUGUUUUGAAAAUCUAUCGCACAC